AUGGACGCUACAUGUGUAAUUGAUUAUGGAUCACAUACAGUGAAGCAUACCUGCAUUUCAAAGGCUGAUAAGAACUCUGCCUUUGAGUUCAAUAUUAACGAGGCUCCAACUCAAGCUUUCGCGGCUAAUGAUUCGCUAGACAUUGUGCUCUUCGGUAGACAUGUUGCCGAGUUGAUCUCAGACACAUGCCCCGCUGGGUCUGCGCUCACGCUAUGUUUGCUGACGGACACAUGGUUACCGCGGAGGAAACGCGAGCUGCUUCUGAAGUGCUGCUUUGAAUGCCUUGGUGCUAAGCGCGUUUCGCUAGUGGACAGCGUCUCGACGGCUCUUUUCUCCUCGGGAGAAACGACGGGUGUUUGUGUGGAUGUGGGCUAUGGGGGUGUUCGUGCGGUCCCGGUGGUGAACGGGUUUCCGCAGUCAUUUUUAGGCGAGGAUGUGCGCUCUGUUGGAGCGAAGAAUACCGACACGGUGUUGCGCCGCCAUAUUCCGCAGGCCAGUGAGCCGGUGCUUCUCGCGCUCAAGUCAACGGUAUGUUUUGUUGGCGAUGAGCCUCCUGCAGUGUCCCGACAGAUAUCACUUCCUGAUGGGAGCACCUUUCCAAUGACGCUCAGCCCGUCUGUAUGUCGGGAAGCGGGUGAGGCACUUCUUUACAAUGCACCGACAGCCAGCGCUCCAAACGCUCUGCGGCACAUGUACCAAAAAUCGUUGUUGGAGUGCCCAUCGCUGGAUCGUUGGGUACUUGUUGGAGCAGCCUCAGGCAUGACGGGAGUGGGGCGAGUACUUGGGGAAGCAAUGACACAUGCUCUCACAGUUACGCAGAGAGAAGGACCGCAAUACAUCGCCGUGAAGGAUCCGGCUCACGCUGCUGUUUGUGGCGGGGCGAUUCUUUCCCAGUUGAGUACCUUCAAAAAGAUGUGUGUUACGGUUGAGGAGUACGUGGAGGAAGGGCCGCACUACUGCGUACGGCCCAAGAUUAUUUGA